AUGGGCCCGAAACGCUUCUCCCGCGACCGAUUCCAGCAGCUGUCCGACAUGCCCAACCCGCACGACGCCUCCAUCGACAUCCCCCUGGCGCCCGUCCCCAGCCAGCCCGCCGAGUCCAGUCCCUACGAGAAGAAGCAUCUCUUCCACGGCCGCCGCGUUGUCGCCGCGCCCUCCAAGCACCUGCAGGCCCCCGAGGAUGGCAACCUCACCCAGAUGGGCCGCUUCUACAACCGCAUCCUCAACUUCUCCGUCGUCACCCGUUACUUCAUCUAUGUCCUCCCGCUCGCCCUGCUCAUCGCCAUCCCCAUCAUCAUCGGUGCCACCGCCGCCCAAAACGCCCGCAUUGGCGGCGUCAAGAUCGUCUGGUUCUUCACCUGGGUCGAGGUCGUCUGGCUCAGCCUGUGGGUGUCCAAGAUCGUCGCCCACUACGUUCCCUUUCUCUUCCAGUUCCUCUGCGGCAUCGUCAGCUCCGGCACCCGCAAGUACGCCCUCAUCCUGCGCAACCUCGAGAUUCCCUUUUCGCUCGUCGGCUGGGCCGUCACCUCCCUCGCUACCUUUAUCCCGUUGAUGACCCGCAACCCCGACAAUCUCAGGCGAGGAGACACCGGAAUCAAAAAAUGGCAGGAUGUCGUCAAGAACAUCCUCUUCGCCGCCUUCAUCGCCAGCCUCAUCCUCGCCGCCGAAAAGGUCCUCAUCCAGCUCAUCUCCAUCAGCUACCACCGCAAGCAGUUCGACCUCAGAAUCCAAGACUCCAAGCGCAACGUCCACCUCGUCGGCCUGCUCUACGAGGCCUCCCGCAAGAUGUUCCCCGAAUACUGCAAGGAAUUCGAGACCGAAGACUACAUCAUCAACGACUCCAUCGUCGGCGGCCUCGGAAAAAAGGGCAAGGCCCACAAGAGAACCGGCUCCGCCUCUCCAAUGCGCCUCAUCCAAAACGUCGGCCGCGUCGGAGACAAGAUCACCGCUGCCUUUGGCCAGGUUGCCCAUGAAAUCACCGGAAAACAGGUCUUCAACCCCACCUCCGCCCACUCCAUCGUCACCCUGGCCUUGGAGAAGCGCAAGUCGUCCGAGGCCCUUGCUAAACGUCUGUGGAUGUCCUUUGUCCUCUCCGGCCGCGAGGCCCUGUUCAUCGACGAUCUGUACGAGGUCUUUGGGCCCGACCACCACACCGAAGCCGAGGAAUGCUUUGCCAUCCUCGACAGAGACGACAACGGGGACGUCAGUCUCGAAGAGAUGAUCCUGACCAUCACCGAGUUCGGCAGAGACCGCCAGGCGAUUGCCAAAAGCAUGCACGAUGUCGACCAGGCCAUCCACGUUCUUGACAAUUUGCUCUGCACCGUUGUUUUCAUCUUGGUCAUCCUGGUCUUUGUGGCAUUUCUCAACAAGGGCUUCGGCACCACUCUUGCCGCCGGAGCCACUGCCCUCUUGUCCCUCUCAUUCGUCUUUGCCGUCACUGCCCAGGAGGUUUUGGGUUCUUGCAUAUUCCUCUUCGUCAAGCAUCCCUAUGACGUCGGAGACCGAGUCGAUAUCAACGGCAGUCAGUUGAUCGUGGAACGAAUCUCGCUCCUCUUCACCGUCUUCAAGAACAUCAGCGACUACAAGGUCACCCAAGUUCCAAACAUUGUGCUCAAUACCUGCUGGGUUGAGAAUAUCAGUCGCUCCAAGGCCAUGAAGGAACAGCUCACCCUGACCGUCGACUUUGGCACCACAUUCGAGGACGUUCAGCUGUUGAAGCAGGAGAUGCAGCAGUUUGUCCUCGAGAAAGAAAACUGCCGUGACUUCCAGCGCGAAGUCGACAUUGAAGUCACCGGCGUCGGCGAGAUGAACAAGAUGGAACUGCGCAUUGAGAUCCGGCACAAGUCGAACUGGUCCAACGAGACGGUCCGCGCGGCCCGCCGCUCCAAAUUCAUGUGCGCCCUGGUCCUGGCGGUCCGCAGAGUGCCCAUCUACGGCCCUGGAGGCGGCGACGCGGCGCUGGGAGAUUUCGCCAAACCGUCCUACUCGGUCUCGAUCUCUCACGAGCAAGCGCAAGCGAGCAAGGAGCAGUAUGCAGCCGACAAGGAGAGCAAACGCAUGGUCCCCGCCGGCGCGAUCAAGUCGCCCGGAUCAUCGGACCGGGCCAAGGCCACCGGGACCGAUCUCACCUCCCCCACGGGGCUCUCCUACCGUAGCCCGCCGGCGGGAAGCAGCGAGGCAACGUUCGCAGAGGCCCUGAACCAGCGCCCCGUCGCGCUGGACCGCACCCGCACCGACGACCUGCCAUCCGUCGACCUGAGCGAGAACAAGCCACUGAUCCGCGAGCCGUCGACAGGGGUCCGGUCCGCAAACCCGCUGGCGUCGGCGGUCUCUACCAACACGCCCGCGCAGGAUUCCACCGCCGCGGCCAGCACUACUCGCCCGGGAAUGAACUACUUUGACUUUGAGUCGGCAUACAACCCGCAGUCGCCGCCCGGCAGCCAGAACCCGUACCGGCCGCCGUACGCACAGACGCCGUCGAGCCAGACGCUGCACUCCAGCCAAACACCGGGGUUCCAGACGCAGUCGUCUUCGCCGGGGCAGACGGCGGAUGCGGCGCGACGGCCCGUGCCGCCACAGGGCGCGUACUCGUCAGGGCAGAAUCCGUAUCAGCAGGGCCCGUCGAGCCAGCGGUAUCCUCCGCAGUGA